UUUCACAUUGUACAUGUAGACGUGGACUGUGUCAGAGCAAAAUGCUGGCUUUUCUCCUCAUUGUGGCUUUUCAUGAAAUCAUCCUUGGUGCAGAAGAACAUGCAUACCAGCAGUUCAUUGAGUGUGCAUUCGACAGUCAAGGACAAGUAGACCAUACAUGGAGCUAUGGGUAUGAUGGUAAAGACAUCAUGCAUGUGGAUUUUGUGAAGAAAGCUGUGGUUGCUACCAGUGAACCUGGUAAAAUGUUAGAAGAAGAGAGAAAACAUAUGGAAUACAUUAAGAAGAAAGAAGAAAGACUAAAGAUGGUGUGCUCUGCUGUGAAAACUGUCUUCUUAAAGUCCAACAAUUCUCUAUCCAGGGCAGCAAAACCAGCAGUGCUUUUAUCUGCUGGAGGAGAACAGGAUCAGAAAUAUCUUAAAUGUGUUGUGCGUGGCUUCUAUCCGAAUGUCAUCCGAGUGCGUUGGACCCAAAAAGGAAGGCCGGUCUAUUUUGGUGUAUCAAGUACUGGAAUACUCCCGCACAGAGAUGGCACAUUUCAGAUGACCUCCUAUCUUAGCCUUAUUAAAAUGAGUGCUCACGGUGUUACCUGUGAGACUGAACACUUCAGCCUGGAUGGGAUAUUGAGAAAAACCUAUGAGGAGAAAUCACAAAUCACAGAACAUGUACUUUGGGCAAUGGCUGCUUUUUUUCUCGGAUUUUCAUUGCCGGUGUUCCCAACUUUACUGAUAUGGAAAAGGCGACACACGACAAAUCCACCUGAGGACACAAGUGACAGAUCAGAAGCAUCUUUAUCUUUGAAUUUAAUGAAUAUGUCUCAGGAAACAUAAAAUAUAUAAAGCGAGUGUGACUCCAAACCAAAUAGACCUAUUUAUUAUUAUUUUGGCGACAGAAGAGAUGCCUUAUUUUCAUACAUGCAUAAUAAUUCUAUACAAUUGAAUCACAAGCAUAGUAUACGCAUAAUUUCUGUAUCUAUAGGCAAUAAAAGUUUAUGCAAGAGAUUUGCUA